CUCACACACACACACCCUCUCCUUCUCUCUCUCUCGCACACACACACACGUGCAUGCAUGCACACACACACACACACACACGCGCCCUCUCUCUCACAUACAUGCAAACACACGUGCACAUACCCUCACUCUCUCGCGCACACUCUCACACACACAAGCACACACACACAUACACACUCACUCUUCCUCUCUCUCCCACACACACACAUACACACCCUCUCCUUCUCUCACAUACAUGCAGACACACACAUGCAUUCACCCUCACACACACACACACACACACAGGAACACAGACAUAGAGAAGACAGUACACACGGAAACACUGUAAGAGGAACACAGACACAGACAAACAUACACACACACAAAUACACACAGCCAAGCUCAACACUGAUCACCAGACUUUCCGAGGAGAUAAGCCUCCAAACUGAGUUUAGCGACAGCCUCUCCCUCAGGGAAUGGGGUUCCUUAAACUAGUUGUUUCAGCCAGCCUCUGCCAUUCAUUCCCUCAGCAUCUCCGCUGGCAUUGGGGGGUGGGUGGGGGUGAGGCAGACAGCAGUGAUUGAGGAAGUGAGUCUCAUGUCGUCUUGGUAACAAGCCAGAGAGAGAGAGAGAGACGCAGGCUGUUUUAAAAAGGCAGCAGACGGGUAGGGAGAGAGAGGGAGAGCGAGAGAGAGAGUGAGAGGGAGGGAGAGAGAGUGGGGGAGAGGAAGAGGAGAAAGGGAGAAGGAGAAGGAAAGAAAGGAGGGAGAGAAGGAGAGGAAGGGGAGAAAGAGAGAGAGAGAGAGAAAGAGGGAGAGAAAGAGAGGAAGGGGAGAAAGGGAGAGAGAGAAAGAGGGAGAGGAAGGGGAGAAAGGGAGAGAGAGAGGAUCUGGGACCAGGCAGCUGCUAGUGACUGAGAUGAAUGUGAGCCAGAGCUGCAGCUCUUGCCAGGGCUGGGAGGGGAGACCUGAGAGGUUCAUUGUGCCCCUGGUUUUCUGUUUAAUCUUCCUGGUGGGUACAGUGGGCAACAGCCUGGUUCUGGCCGUGCUGCUGAGGAAUGGCCAGAUGACCAGCAACACCACCAACCUGUUCAUCCUGAACCUGGGAGUAGCCGACCUCUGCUUCAUCCUGUGCUGUGUGCCCUUCCAGGGAACCAUCUACACCUUGGACUCCUGGGUCUUCGGCUCCUUCAUGUGCAAGCUCGUACACUUCUUCAUCUACCUGACUGUCUAUGCCAGCAGCUUUACCCUGGCUGCAGUCUCCGUCGACAGAUACCUGGCGAUUCGCUACCCACUGCGAUCCCGGGAGCUGCGGACUCCUCGAAAUGCCCUGACCACCAUCUGCAUUAUCUGGGGAAUCUCACUCGUCUUUGCUGGUCCUUACCUCAGCUACUACCAGCUGAUCCACUACAGAGAUCUGACCCUCUGCUUCCCAGUCUGGGAUGACUACAGGCGCAAGAUCAUGGACACUUCCACCUUCAUCUUUGGGUACAUCAUCCCGGUGUUGAUCCUGAGCCUGGCCUAUACUAGGACCAUCAGGUAUCUUUGGACUGCUGUGGAUCCCAUCAAAGACAUGUCUGAGUCCAAGAAAGCCAAGCGCAAGGUAACGAAGAUGAUCAUUAUCGUGGCUGUCCUGUUCUGUCUCUGCUGGCUGCCUCAUCACCUGGUUAUCUUGUGUUUCUGGUUCGGCCACUUCCCACUCAACCAGGCCACCUACGCCUUCAGGCUCCUGUCACACUGCAUGUCCUAUGCCAACUCCUGCCUCAACCCCAUCGUCUAUGCUCUGGUCUCCAAGCACUUCCGCAAGGGCUUCAAGAAAGUCUUCAACUGCGUCCUAAGGAAAACAGUCGUCAAUAAAGUGCAUGUGGUGCAAGUGGCCCACACAGAGGCUGGCUCCACUGAGGCCUUACAUAUCAGUGAACACAACAACCCGACAAGCAGUCACCAGUGGAGUCAGCCAGCUCCUCCAGGCCAUGAGGUGGCACCACCAGGAACUUUCCUGGUCUUCAAUGUGACAUAGAACUCUGAACAUGAGCUGGGGGCAGAGGUAGAUAGUGAGCUGAGUGGGUGGACUGAUUUGCAUUCCAAAAUUUCCCACACAGACAGAACAAAAGGAGGGAUUUGUAAUGCACAAGAAGUGGGACUGCCAUGUAAAGCAGCUGAGAUGUGGCUUGCAACCAUCAGCAGUGAAGACAUUCCAACAGGCAAGAAUGUGUUUAGAUACGUGAUAACCAGGUGUAGAACUGGAUGAACACAGCAGACCAAGCAGCAUCAGAGGAGCUGGAAGGCUGACAUUUUGGGCCGAGACCCUUCUUUAGAAAAUUAAGAAAACAGUCCUGCCAAUAGAUGUUCCUAGGCAAAAUAUUGAGAGGAAAGCUAAUUCUGAACGCAAAGUGUAUAUGAAUCUUCAGAAAGAACACACUUUAUUUUGCUGUUAUCCAUACAGGAACAAUGGAACCAUGGUUUACUGAACAGUGUUCAUUGUGAAAUUAUUACCUGUUGGAUUUUGCUGCACUUAUUUCCUCUCUGCCAAAUAGAAAUGGAUGGUCCUGAAAUGUAUGCCGUGUUUUUAAGUUAUGAAGCCAAGUAAACUUGUAACAAAAAGAGAAGUUGCUGGAAAAGCUCAGCAGGUCUGGCAGCAUCUGUGAGGGAAAAUAUCAGAGUAAAUGUCUUGGGUUCUGAGGAAGAAUCA